AUGUACAUUGAUGGUCCUUCCCAUAUUGCGUUAAAAGCAAGUGCUUCUGGAGACAUUUUGAAGGUUCCUAGACUGGAGACAAGAGACUCUGGAAACUAUUUCUGUAGGCAGUCAGGGAAAGAACACAUUGUGCAUGUUGUGUCAGUCUUUGUUAAACCAGGCCCAGUGCUGGUGCAGUCUAGUGAUGCAGAGCUGCACUGUGACAUUACAGGAGACCCAAACAAGGAAGUACAGUGGCUGAGACCUAAUGGUCAAAAAUAUAAUGAAAAAAAUCGAGUAAUUCACCUGAAGUCUGUGACUUCAAAUGAAGCAGGCCAGUGGACGUGUCUAGUCAAGGAUGACUUGAAGCUCAGUGUAACAUUGACUGUUGUUGGUCUCCAGACCACAGCUGUUAAUGCUUCUAAAGGGGAUGACAUAGAGCUGCCCUGUUCUCUUCCUCAGAGUGUAUUUCAGCAUGUUGUAGGUGGGACAUGGAAGGCUGACCACCUUCCCAAAGUCCCUUUCCCAACCCUGACGAACACACCAAGCAAAGGCUUACACUGGAAUUGCGAGGAUUUAUCAAAAGUCAACUUUACUACUGGGCAACUCAGCACCAACUUUGAUGUCACGUUGAAAAAUGUGCAGAGCAGUGAUGAAGGAACGUUUGUGUGUAUAGUGGAGUUUGAGGGUGGAGUGCGUCUAAGUGUCGAGACGACUUUGAGGGUUGUGGACAAACCUUCAGGUGGAGGCCUUCCAUGUAAUCCUCAGUCUGAGAUCGCUAAGAUAGUAGAGGAGAUACUGGGAAUGGCCAUUCCUUCCAUAUGUGGCAUUGCAGAUGCUCCAGACCCUGCACUGAUCAAAUUGAAGGAGUUAAAGAGAUGUGUGGAUGAUGCUGGAGCCAGUCCAUCUGACGCAUCUUCUCCUGUAUCAUCUCAGGACAUCUCCCCGGGUCCUCCAGAUAAGCCUUCUCCCUCACAAGACACAGGGUUUGCAGAGAGUGUAGACCCUGAGGACGACAUUGAAUGA